AUGGAUGCCUUCCCUCUUAUGCGCAUGAUCUUUAUUUUUGGGCUGCCAUCGUGGCUUUACCCGUCGGCUCUCAAAAUACCUCAGGCACGAGACUCGUUUGCGCCGCAACGUGGUGCACAACAUGGCGGCGCGAAUGCAGGUCCCGAUGGGCUGUGUGCCGGUGGCGGUCGCCUCAGCCGACUAGAUCGUCGAGAUCAGCUCGUGAUGAAGACACCGCUACGUCGCCCUGGCCGAUCUCUCAACUGA